AUGACCGAAGCAGACUACCCUGCUCCUCCCGCCGGCUACCCCAACCCUCCCGGCCCCGAGCCCGGAACCGUGGCGCCCCCUUGCCCCUCCCGCCCUGCUCCGUCUGUUCCCGGUCAGGUCACUCCAGCUGGCAGCAUCGGCGGAGAUAGCAGCGUCUCCAGCAUUCACGGCGGCUACAGCGACGCUUUUGCUCCUGCUCAAGCCUAUACCCAGGCUCAGGCUCCUGCUGCCAUCCAGAGCCUCCGCACCCCUCGUCGCUUCCGUCGCGCUGCGACUGCGCCCCCCGCGCCUGCUCCCGACAGCCCUGCUCCUGGCUAUGACGCUGACUGGUUCUGA